AUGGCAGAGAGCAAUGGGUUGCGCCCACCUCCAACUUCCACAAGAAGGAACGAUGACCCCGGCGCUUCAGCGCUACAAGAUGAGCCUCACGAGCUCGCAGCGGUUCAAGGACUUGAAGAAGGCGAACUGCCACCUCUAGAAGCCGUGACCGACUCGCAACCGGGGCGCUUGAAGCAGGUCUCAGCCAGUGCGAAAGAAGGAUUGGCAGACUUUUUCAGUGACUGGUUUGGCUCGUUGCGCUUGCACCACAAGGAGGAGCAUGAACUGCAGGGGGUGAAACGUCGCGAUGGCGAGGCUGCGGUGCUUGGCAAGGCCUUGGAGAGCAAAAGGCAGGCGCGAAGAGACAAGUUUCAAGUGGUCAAGGAUCCGAAGGGACGCCGGAUACGCGAACCGCCGGUGAGCCGAACGCAGGUGGCAGAUUAUCGCAAUGCCACCGAGAGACAGCUGAAAGGAAUGGGUUGGGGUGGUCCACCCAUCAAGCGUCCAAAAAGAAAGGACAACACCGAUGUAACGCCAGCGCAGCAGAUGCAACUCUAUCUGCACGGGCGGACUGUGCAGGAAGAUGAACACGAAAGCCUGGAAGAAAUGAUCGAAGAGAGGGUCUACGAAGAGGAUACCGAGUUCUUUGUGAUGCAAUCCUUUCCAACCUUUACCUUGAUCCAGUGUACACUGAUCUUGAUGUCGUACAUAUUGCUUUCUGCCACAUCUGGUAAGAGCUUGGCGGGCUUGGAAACUUGGUUUCCUGGUCAAACUGACUUGGCCCUCACCAAUGUGCAGAGCGAAGGCUCCUGCCAGGACUUCAGGUUUCAGCUCUGGCGUGCGCUGACGUAUCAGUUCACCCACAGCUCCUUCACGCACAUGCUCGGGAAUGUUCUCCUGUUGGCAAUGUGUGGCAUCAACCUAGAGGGCUUCCAUGGCACACUUCGGCUGCUCUGGAUGUUCGAGAUUGGUGUUCUAGGUGGUGCUGGCUGCGUGUGCGUUUUCGACAGCCAUGCCCGAGUCGUGGGUAUGUCCGGUGGUGCCUACGCCCUGCUGGGCAUGCAGCUGGGAGAUGUGCUGCUGAAUUGGGAGCGAAAGUCAGCUCCAUACAGGUUGAUCUUCAUUUUCCUUCUUGCCUUAACUGAGGUGAUGCUUUACCUCUUCAACCCUCGAGAGGAGAUCAGCUAUUCAGCGCACAUGGGAGGCGGAGUGGCGGGGCUGUUGCUGGUCCUGGUCUUUGGCCGAAAUUUGACCAUCAAGACCUAUGACCUCGAGCGGCAGGUCAUCAGAGUGGCCAAGGUGCUUCUGUUCGGAUUUGCCACUUUUUGCAUUUGCUGGGCCUUAAUCAACUGGCCUCCCAUGGAUCUCAUCGAGCAGGUUCCUUACUGCUGGGCGCGGGAAGUGAGCAACCAAACCAUCUUUGGAGAUGGAACCUUCCACUGUGUCCGCUGUAGCGAGUCGGAUUGCAUCGCUGGAUGGUCGCCACCCUUGCAGAAUGAUUCGGUCCCAGUGAAUCCCAGGUCCCUCGGUCUUGCGAUAGCUGGGCAGUCAGUGAAACCUGAUGCAACACCUGCAGCCAGUUUCACCAUACAGGCUGAAUACGGCCUGCCUCACGUUGAUACGGACGCAUGGAGACAGGGUGUAACGGAUGACCGUUCGGACCCCGGCCAGCUGCGGUCGGAGGCUGUGACGGAGAAGGAGAACACCAGUGCGCCGUCGACGUCCCCAGUAGCAUCGCCUGUGGUGGUUCCAGUGCCCAAGGCCCCAGCCAUCGUUCCUGCUCAAGAUUUGCCAUCGGCUGCUGCUCAGUUGGGCUUGGUACAGCCUGUGCCCUCUAUACAGACCUCUGACGAUGCAAAAGGAGAGGAGGAUGCUGAGACAGGCGUUGUUGGAUGGGAAUCAUUUGGUGAACCACCGCCAGGCAUGCCAACGCAAGAUGCUAGCCUUUUUAGCACACUGCUCUCACCACAUGCAUCUAUUCCACCAGCUCCAACAACUGAGCCCCUGCUGCCGGAGUCCAAUGGGCCGAUUUCCGUCCACAAGAAAAAGAAUAAGAUGCUGGAAAGCCUCGAUGAAUGCUCUGAAAGUGCAGCGACUUCCGCUUCCACCUUCACCCUUGCUGCCUUGGAAAAGGAUUUGAAAGAGCUGAAAGAGAGAACUUUAUAUGCGCAUGACACUCAUCGAGCACAGUUGCAAAGACAAGAAGGACACUUGCAGAGUUCCAUGGUUUCCCUUGGAAACCGAAUCUAUAACCUGGCAAACAAUAUGAAGUUCCAGACAGCCUCUAUCUCAAGAAACGUCAUGGAGCAAGAUAAACGUUUGGAUGCAAUGUGCGAGGGAAUUGCAUCUCUGGAGAAUGGCAUUUGCAACGAGCUUAAGGACCUCAGGGAAAGUCAAACGACUUUGGAGGCAGACACCGAGACGGUCGAUACAUCCGUGGGCAACGCCACAAGUAGCAGAGACACCAGGGCGCACGGGGCGCACGGGGCGUACGACGCGGCGCACGGGGCGUACGACGCGGCGCACGGGUCGCAUGGGUCGGCGCCACAUGCGUCGGCGCCAACCAGGAGCGCAAGGUCGGGCAGGUCUGGGAGACACGGAGCCUGGACGAAGCCGAUUGGAUAUGGAGACCACUGGUGACCCUGGCGACCCUGAUGUCAUGUGACGUUGUAACUGUGCAUGGUAUGCAUGGUGCAUGAAAAGGUAAAUAAAUACCAGUGAUUACCUGAACAGUUCUGGUCCUUGAAAAAUGUAAAUUUCCAAUCAUGUCUCACUUGCAUGCCGCUUUUCUCGGCCGGUGACAGCUUGUGCCUUGUGACUGCCAGUCAUACCGGAGGAAAUUUCCUGCGCUGCGCUCUACCCAUUUUGAAUCUCCAUAUAUACAGAUAGCACAGAGGCUUGAGCG